AUGUUGUCGACGUCGGUCGAGCAGUACUCAUGCAGUUUCACAUGGUGGCCAGCCCGUUCCUCUGCAGCGGCGUCGUCAUCAUUGGUGUUAUCGGCCAUCGGCAUCGGGAGUUGCACCCGGGGCUGUCAGGGCGCGUCAGACGAAGAAGGGAAUCGACAUGCCGCCGUUGACAUCGAGCAGGAAGAUAGUGUUCCAAAAAUAGAGCAGGCAGUGAGCGCACAGCAGCGCAGCGGGGCCACUCGGUCAAUGCGUCACACUAGCACUGCAGCUCCUGCACAAAGCGUCGCAAAAAAACUGAGAACACAACUCGCCUUGAGAAGAGUUACUGAGCUGUUGCGCUCGUGCUACCAGCGCCCGCGAGAGAAAAUGGAGUCAGUAUGGCGAACUGAAUUGCGCGAGAAAAUAGCACAGGGGAAAGAGAAACGGGACGAUGGAAAUAGACUAGCGGAUGGAGAGGGACAAGGAGAUGCACACACCAUUAUUGGGGUGGUAUGGUAUGGUAUGGUAUUUCCCAGCAUGGGUCCCUAA